AUGGCAACUGCAUUGAAGAAUGCAAACACCUUGCGCAAGGCGCUCAAUACGGGAUCUGGUCUGUCGUUCGGCGCAUGGCAGAUGCUCCCAGGCACGCAUCUGUCAAGGACGAUCGCUCGAGCUGGGUUCGAUUGGAUAUGCAUAGACACCGAGCACGGAAACAUUGCAGACAACGAGAUGCACGAGUCCGUUCAUGCGGUAGCCUCGGUCGGCGUCAGCCCGAUUGUUCGAAUUCCUGCCAAUGAAGGAUGGAUGGUGAAGAGAGCGCUCGACGCCGGCGCACACGGCAUCAUCGUGCCUUUGCUGUACACAGUCGAAGACGCCAAGAGGUUGGUCCAGACAGCCAAGUUCCCGCCGUAUGGGAAGAGAGGAUUCGGCAGUCCAUUUUCCAUGGGCGCAUUCGACGUCAAGGGAGAUCUGUCGGGUUUCGACUAUAUGAAGAACGCAAACGACAACCUCCUGACGAUUGUGCAGAUCGAGACGAAGGAAGCUCUGGACGUAGUGGAGGAGAUCGCAAAGGUCGACGGGAUUGACGUGCUCUUCAUUGGACCCUGGGAUCUCGGAAACAACAUCGGACACCCAGUACAGGGCGAUUUUAGCCCCGAGCUAAAGGCUGCUAUUACGAGGAUUCUGAAGGCCGCUCAAGAUGCUGGAAAGAAGUCCGGAAUAUACUGUCCUUCUGGGGAAUUUGCCAGGAGAUACGCCGAUGAGGGAUUCCAGAUGAUCUCCGUUGUCAAUGAUAUGACCGCCAUCCCAGUAUUUAUGUCCGAGUCACUGUCAAAAGCCAAGGGCUCGUAUGGCCAUGCGGCGGCUCAAGCCGUGAAAGGGGCUGCGUACGGCGCAGCUAAUCUGGUGACACAGGAAAAGAAAUAG